AUGACCUCAAAUUUCUGGGCAUCUUCCCACUACAAUCAUUGGAUCAUAGACCGUAUUUCCCUCGGGCAGUCGCGUGAAGAUGACCUCAAGUAUGCGACGGCCGAGGAGCUUGCGGUCAUUAGUAUAUUUUUCGCGAAUAUGAUCGCCCGACUGGGAAAGCGCUUAGGCAUCCGUGCGCAGGUCGUCGCAACAGCUAUCGUAUACUUCAAGCGCUAUUAUCUCAAGAACAACUUCUGCGAGACCGAUCCUUAUGUCGUCGUUCCUACCUGCCUAUACGUGGCAACAAAGAUAGAGGAAGUACCGCUCCAUUUCAAACCUAUUGCGACAGAGACGAAGAAUAUGUAUCAACAGGACUACGGCCUUCAGAUAACGAUGCCUGACCCUCAGUCCAUCGCGGAGAUGGAAUUCUACCUGCUUGAAGACCUCGAUUUCCACCUGAUCAUGCAUCAUCCAUAUCGUACGUUGAUGCAGCUGUGUGGGGAGUCGAGCGCUUCCCGCAGCGGGGGGGAGAGUGAGGAGGGUGAAGCUGGAGAGGGGCUUGUUGAUGCGAGAAGAUUCUGGAGCACGGGGAAGGGAACACUGCAGUUUGAAGAGAAUGCUCGGAGCCAGGCUUGGUGCGUUGCAUCAUUCGAUAGGCACAUCGUAAACGACACUCUUCGGGGUGACUUCUGUCUCCUCUAUCACCCGCACCUUAUCGCUAUCGCCGCGAUAUUCCUCACCCUCGUGCUCGAUGACGAUGCCCGUGCCCGUAUUGACCAGACCGAUGCUCCCGCACGAGGCUAUGCUACCCGUUCUAAAGCGCCCUCCGACCCCUUGCCGAAUCCAGUCGACUUCCUCGCCUCGCUAAACGUCUCCUAUGGCACCGUAGCGCAGAUUGUACAGGAGAUUAUCUCCCUCUGGGCACUAUGGGGGAGGCAUCAAGUGGGCGAGGCGGAUGCUGACAGGAAUCGGCUGCAGAGCGCCCGACCAGGAAGCCAAGGGCAGGGGAUGAGCGAUGAAGGGGUUAUCAAGAAACUGCUGGAGAUGCAGCGGGCGAGGAGGAAGGACGAGGGGCAGGGCGUGCCUAGCAGGUUGUUUGAGAAGCCUAAACCACCCAAGGUGGUGAAGAAGCCGUAG